CAAAAUUUUGCUUUAUCUAAAUCACAGCAUUACGAAGAUACAUUUUAAGAAACAAAGAAAAAUAACACGAUUCUAGAAUUGAUUUCGUUCCCUCUUGUGUGAACUUCCAUAUAAUCGUACGUACAUUUCGCAUAAAUUAAACAUUGUCAUUGAUUUCAAUAGUGCGAAUUAAUUUGCGUAAACGAGGAUUCGUGCGAUUGGCUGUGGGAUAUGCAGGAAGAGGGAUUAGGAGAAUGGAGGGUGGAAAUUGGAGAAAGGUGGAAACGGCUUUGGGAGGAGGGGGAGCAUCCGGUGUGUGUUCUCGACAGAAGAGAAGACACCCUUCGUCCCCUUUUUCCGGGCCAAAAAUCGGCCAAAAGUUCAUGUAUUAAAAGUACCUACAAGGCCAAUAAAUUAGAACUGGCGCUCUGCCAUUUCAAUCUCGCGGAUCUUGCUCGAGACAAGAACGCUGAAAACCCUUCUAUGAACCAUCAUUUUAUUCGAUGCGAUACGACACGUCUCACGACAGCGACAUUUACCCGCUGGAUGAAAUAGAAUGGAAAAUGACCCGUUGGCCAAUUUUCAAUCAUCGAGCCAUGUGUAAUGUGAUCUGAUUAGAUGUGGAUGUGUAAUUCUUCUGCAUGAAGAUCGAAUGAUACGUAAUGAAUAUUUUGUUGAUUCUGUUUGAUGAACAGAAAUUAAAGAUAUCGGAGUAUAUUUCAAUGCUCUUCCACGGGAGGAAGAUUUUUUUAUUUAUAUCA